UGAAAAGCCCGCCCCUCUGCAAACCUCUUAAAAGCUUUAUCAAGUUCCCUCGAUUUCCACUGACGCACCAUGAACAAGUUCAUUACAGCGGCUCUUCUUCUGACCAGCUUCAGCUGGAGCUCUUGGUCUGUCGUAGUGACGGUCAAACCUGGUGAAGACGUUGUCCUGACAUGCAGGAAAGUCAAAGAAAAAGUGUUUUGGGCCAGUUUGGUUAAUAAUGGGAAAUACAAGUGCAUCGCCACCAACAACAACGACACCUCAAUGUGUCCAGGAAUGGAAAAUAAUGCAAGAUUUGAAAUUAGUGUCGACAAUUCUCAUGUCUCUCUCAAAAUCAAGAGUGUCAAAAUGGCCGAUAGUGGUUUCUUCUUUUGUGUCGUUAAACCUUUCGGAAAUGGAGACGUCGAUGUUGUGCAGUUAAAUGUUGAAGGCACUUCUGCAUUAUGGGUCGGUGUAAUAGUUGGAGGUCUGUGUGUUGUUCUUGUACUUGUGAUAGUUCAAUUUGCUCGUGAAGUCAAGAAAUUCCUAACAGCUCAAAGUCAAGAACCCACUGGAUCCAGAGAGGACGAGGCAACUCAAGACCUCAACUACGCAGCCGUGAAUUUCCAGCCAAAAACAAGACACUCCAGAAGAGCCUUACAAAAUGAUCCACAUGUGAUUUACGCUGACACCAGAUAAAUAAAAUGACAUUUGUGUUUA